CGUGACCAAGAGCUGACGUGUGCAGAAGUCCUUCUUGUUCUGGUCCUUGUUCCCGUCUGAGUACCAGCUCCCCAUUGCCCUGAGGGCCAGCGGGCCUGCGGCAGAGGGAAGGAGGAGGAGAAGAAGCAAAUUGUCCCGGAUUCUUGCAGCUUUCCAAGACAUCUGUCCCGCCCGCAGCCCAUUUCGAUGCUGCGAAAUGGGGGUCCGAGCCUCUCCUGGGUUGCCAGUCUUUCCGUAGGUUGCGGCACUACGCCAGGCAAGAGAAGAGGAAGGAAAUUAACCCCAAUCGGUGAAGGUCGAUUUGAGGGUCUGCUGUAGCAGGUGGCACCACUUGAAGCGAGGGAGGAAGUUUCCUCGGAUCAGUAGAGAUUGCAAGGGUUGUUGGGCGUGGCACACCUCCAGGGGAGGGAAAAAGGGACAGACUGCCUGUCUGGAGGAGGUCCACCUCCAGUGUCAGCUACUGUGGCCUUGAAGUGGCUGAAGACAAUCACCUUCCACAGGCCUGCACCCAGGCCCAUAGCCCUCCUCUCCCAGCCUGAGUGAAUACUCUGUUCCUUGGUCCCUGCUAUUGUCAGGGACGAUUGCAUGGGCUACGCCAGGAAAGUAGGCUGGGUGACUGCGGGACUGGUGAUUGGGGCUGGAGCCUGCUAUUGCAUCUAUAGACUGACCCGGGGAAGAAAACAGAACAAGGAGAAAAUGGCUGAGGGUGGGUCUGGGGAUGUGGAUGAUGUUGGGGACUGCCCUGGGGCCCGGUACAAUGACUGGUCUGAUGAUGAUGAUGACAACAGUGAGAACAAGGGCAUAGUGUGGUACCCACCUUGGGCCCGGAUUGGGACUGAGGCUGGAACCAGAGCAAGGGCCAGAGCAAGGGCCAGGGCUACCCGGGCUCGCCGGGCUGUUCAGAAACGGGCUUCUCCCAAUUCAGAUGAUACUAUUUUGUCCCCGCAAGAGCUGCAGAAAGUUCUUUGCUUGGUUGAGAUGUCUGAAAAGCCUUAUAUUCUCGAAGCAGCUUUAAUUGCUCUGGGUAACAAUGCUGCUUAUGCAUUUAACAGAGAUAUUAUUCGUGAUCUGGGUGGCCUCCCAAUUGUAGCAAAGAUUCUCAAUACUCGGGAUCCCAUAGUUAAGGAAAAGGCUUUAAUUGUGCUGAAUAACUUGAGUGUGAAUGCUGAAAAUCAGCGCAGGCUUAAGAUAUACAUGAAUCAAGUGUGUGAUGACACGGUCACUUCUCGCUUGAACUCAUCGGUGCAGCUGGCUGGACUAAGAUUGCUUACAAAUAUGACUGUUACUAAUGAAUAUCAGCACAUGCUUGCUAAUUCCAUCUCAGACUUUUUUCGCCUAUUUUCAGCGGGAAACGAAGAAACCAAAUUUCAGGUUUUGAAACUCCUUUUGAAUUUGGCUGAAAAUCCAGCCAUGGCUAGAGAACUGCUCAGGGCCCAAGUGCCCUCUUCGCUUGGUUCCCUCUUUAAUAAGAAGGAGAACAAAGAGGUUAUUCUUAAACUUCUGGUCAUAUUUGAGAACAUAAAUGACAAUUUUAAAUGGGAAGAAAAUGAACCUACUCAGAAUCAAUUCAGCGAAGGUUCACUGUUUUUCUUUUUAAAAGAAUUUCAAGUGUGUGCUGACAAGAUUCUGGGGAUAGAAAGUCACCAUGAUUUUUUGGUGAAAGUAAAGGUUGGGAAAUUCAUGGCCAAACAGGCCGAGCAUAUGUUCCCAAAGAGCCAGGAAUAACUUCUUGAUUUUGUAGUUUAGAAGCAACACACAUUGUAAAACUAUUCCUUUUUCUCCACCUUGUUUAUAUGGUAAAGGAACCCUUUCAGCUGCCAAUUUUGAGUGAUGAAUAUCAUUGUAUCGUCAACGCUGAUGUUUAUCUGAGUCGGUUUUCAGGUUUAAGCUGGAUGAAUGGAUAUCACUACCUGUUCUGAAAACAUGUUUGUUGCUUUUUAUCUCGCUGCCUAGAUUGAAAUAUUUUUACUAUUUCUUUUGCGUGACAGUGAACCGGUUGGUCAUAAGUAAGCUCCCUCCUGUCAUUUGCAUUAACUUUGUGUAUCAUCAAUAAAGUUGUGUGUUAAUGCUGAAAAAAAAAAAAGAAAAAAGAAAGAGACCAUCCUUGUCCUUUGGUUUUAUAAUCUAGUUGGAGAGAUAAGAAAUAUACAAACAAAAAGAUAACAGGAUAUCUGGAGCAUAUACUCAUUGUCAAAAGUGUGCUCUCAGAGCAUAGAGGAAGCAAAAGCUUCUGGGGGAUAUAAUAGUCAGCUACGGAUUCCUAGAAGAAGCGGACCAUCUAAAAUGAUUCCUGAAUGGGGUAGGUCCUUAGGCUUUCCAAGAGCGGGAGUGAGGGGGCACUAGGCUGAGAAAGGCAUGGAGGUAGGAACCCUUUUCCUAUGACAGUGAGGAGACUAGUCUACUUAGGGUGGAGAGUGUGGGGAAUGGAAGUAAAUAAAUUUGGAAAGCUGAGCGAAGCCACUUUGUGGAGAACUGUUUGAAUAGUAUCCCACUGAACACCAAGAGCCAUUAAAUAUUUUUGACUAGAAAGAAUAAUUGGAAUUCAUAUAGAGGCCUCUCUCACCAGCUGUGCAGUGUCUAUGAGGGUGUGGAAAAAUGGAUCCUACCAAACCCUGGUGGUAGGAAUGAGUUUACAUUGAGUUUGUACGGGUAUGUGGAGGGCCGUUUGGUAAUACAUAUAAGCCUUAAAGUAUGUAAACCCUUUGUCCUAAGGAAAUAAUUGAAUAAUUGGCUAAAGACUGUAUGUACAAGGCUAUUCAUCCCAGUACUGUCCAAAACAGUAAGAAUCAGAAGCAACUCUAAGUGUCUAGCACACCGGAUUGGUUCAAUAAAUUGAGGAACGUUCACACGGUAUAUAUGUUAGCUAUGUUGAUUCAAAUCCAUAUUGCCAGGAAAAGAUAUUCAUUCUGCAUUGUUAUAUGAGAAAAGUAGGUUAGAUAGCAGUGUUCGUAGAAUGGUUCCAUUUCUUUUUUGAAUUAGUAAAACAUAUUUUAAAGUAGACACUACUAUGGAAUUAUAGUUAUCUAAACAGUAACUGGUAUAUUUGAGUGGAAGGAUAAUGAGUGAUCUUCACCUUUUUACUUUUUAUUCAUCCACGUGUUCUUAUUUAUAUAAAAUGGAUAUUGGUUUUUUGGAAAUUUUUGAAAAAGGAAGUGUUGGGAAUGAAGCAGGUGGGUGGAGCAUGUACCGAGUAGAAAACAAUUUAGAUUACAAAUGAGAUGGGUUAAAGUUGCCUCUCUGAAAUGCUAGAUGAGUGAUGAAGAUGGGGUUUGUCAUGACGGUUAAACAUGCAAAAUACUUAGAAUGUUCUGGCCACAGAGCAGUUAGCUAAGAAAAAUGAGCACCCUUAAUUCCCUAGAAUGCAGGGUUGAUAGUUUUUUGUUUGUUUGUUUUUGUUUUUUUGGUUGACUUUUAUUUUGCUGGGGGCAUUCUGCCAUGUGUCAGUGUCAUUUAAUAAAUAAUAGCAACAAUAAAGGUUAGCAUUUAUUAAGUGACUAGUGUGUAGAGUUCUGUCAUUCCUGCAAGACAACUGUUAAAAUAAUUUCUCAGAGGAAUAAGGUUUUCUUAUUUCCCAGGACUCAGUGUUUCCUCAGACAUGAUCUCACCAGCCUCCACAACAUAUUCCUAGUGAGAUCAGGAAAGGGUAAAAUCCUCUGUGCAGUGGCCUUCUGCUUCCAGCCCCAGGCUUCCAUAUACUUACCUUAAUGUUGUCUAUAUUAGAUAAAAGGGUCAGGGAUUCGUUGGCUUCAAGUUGUUGCAUAUGGUGACCCUAUUGAAUCACGUACAAGUGGAGACUCAUUUGACACUUGUUUUACUGGUGGGAGUGGGAAAAGGCAGUUAACAUUUUUCUUGCUCUGUUAUUAGGUAGGAGAAAAAGAUUUGGGAGGGGAAGGCUAAUCCACUUAAAAUAAAUUGAGUUUGAGGAAUCUUUGUGAUACCCAGAUGGAGACAGCCUAUUGUCAUUUCAGUGUAUUCAGCUGGCACUCAGAGGGGGGAAAAAAAAAGAUUUGGGAGCCACCAGAGGAUUAAUGGUAAUUGAGGACGUGGGAGUGGAUGUGAUUCCCAGAGAGGAGGUACAGAGUGUAACAGUGUAAGGAACUGUGGCAACUGAGGAGAGAAGCGCAGAAUUGAAACUGAGUGUAAGCCCUUGCAGACGCUUUUACUAUCCCUAUUUCUAUAUAUUCUCUACAUAAAAUUAGAUGAUACUGUAACUAAAUUUUUGGAGCCUGAUUUAAAUUUUUUUAAAUUUUCUCCUAAAAAAUAUUCAUUGGAGAUACUUCAGAAAAUAGGGACAAUGAGACUUGUUUUCUAGCCCAGAUGUGUAGCUUGAACACCUAAAAAAAUAUUCACAGGGCACCUGGGUGGCUCAGUCGGUUAAGCAUUUGCUUAGGUCAUGAUCCUGGGGUCCUGGAAUCCAGCCCCUGCUUUGCUGGGCUCCCUGCUCAGCGGGGAGUCUGCUCUCCCUCUGUCCCUCCCCCUGCUCCUACACACCCUCUCUCUCUCUCUCUCUCUCUCUCAAAUGAAUAAAAAAAAAACCCUUAGAAAAUAUUCACAUCAAGCCAUGUUGAAUUUGGGGUGCUGAGUGAUUACUUAACCUCAUUUUUUUUAAAAGAUUUUAUUUAUUUAUUUGACAGAGAGAGACACAGCGAGAGAGGGAAUACAAGCAGGGGGAAUGGGAGAGGGAGAAGCAGGCUUCCCGCGGAGCAGGGAGCCCAAUGCGGGGCCCGAUGCGGGGCCCGAUGCGGGGCCCGAUCCCAGGACCCUGGAAUCAUGACCUGAGCCGAAGGCAGACGCUUAACGACUGAGCCACCCAGGCGCCCCUACUUAACCUCAUUUUAACUGUGGGUAAAAAUGAGGUUAAGUCAUAAAAAGCCACCAUGUGGCAGGGGCACAGGCCUGACCAGCCUCCAUCUGCUCUCAGCAGAUUUCUCCUCCUUUUCUUCCUUGCCAUUCUUUUCCCCUCUCCCUGCCUCCCACUUCAGUCUUGAUUGCCUCCUGCUGGGGGAUCACUGGCUGUAGUCUCUUUGUGCUUCUGUGACCAUUUAAUCCCCAUGCCACCAGGUCACGCACCAGUGGGCAUUUAAUACAGAGUAAUAAUUGUCAUUGCUGUGGUAAUGUGGCGACCCAGGGUGUGACCGGAUGCCAAACAUUUUCUGGAAGUCUUGUUGAACAGAGACCGAGAAGGAACUAGUCUGAGCGUGGCACAGCCCUAGGGUGCACCGCAUGUACUUGGGAUGUCCCAUGCCUGGUGUUACUUGGAACCAAAUCGCCUGGACUUUGGGAAGUGCUGUGUGAGACAGAUGUGUGACAGCCUGGUCCAGGCAGGCCACAUGGCUGGCCAAGUCACUCGCUGAUGUCCUGAUGUUUUCACAUUGGAGGUUGCCACUCUCAGUCAUCUGGGGAAGCCUAUGGCUCUAGGAUUGUGGCCAUGACUGUGGCAGAUCACGGGGACAGGGAGGACCAAGUGUGCUCGCUCUCUUUAGAGAUGAUGGCAGCUCCCGGGAAGCCGAGGAAAUUAGAAACUGGCAGGAUAUUUGGUUUUGUUCUCAUCUAAAGGUUUUAGGAAUUUAAGUGGGUCUACCCCAGUCAAAUGUGUUCAAAGGUAAUUUCACAAAAAUGGAGUAUAGUUCUCUUAUAAAUUGUCACCCAAAGCAUAAUAUUUCAAGACUCAGAAAACUGGCUUUCUUUUUUUAAAUUCGUAUUUUACUUGCCUUGUUUCAAUAAACAUCCCAAGUGUGGGUUUAGCAAAUUGCUGUGGUUCAGGCAAAUUUUGUGUUUAUACCUCUUUUUUGGUUAAUUUCUCUGCUAAGUUCCCUUGAAAAUGGUUUUUCUAAGAAUGAUUAUGACUAUUUUCAGUGUUAUCUUUGUACAUUUGAUUUACAUCACAUCCCAUGCUGAAGGUUUUUUCUGGUUUCUCUAUUUGAACUGUGGCUCUUCCUUGCCUUUAAACAAGAACUAUCUUGCUACCAUCCUAGGGUACAGAAAACUAGGAUAAUGGCCCCUGGUUUGCCCUGCCCUGAGCUGUGGUUUUAAGCAGGAUAACAGAUAUUUAUAUUUCAGAAUGGUGUACUGCCACACUUGAUCUUGUCCAUUGGGUCCCCCAAAGGCCUUGUGUUAAGGGUUUGGACAAUGUGUGUGUUUGUGGAUAGGCCUGGGGGGAGGGAGAAGGGAGGUGGGGAGAGCAGAAAGCCCUAUCGGAGGGGUAAGUUUAUCCUUACAGGUUCAUGCACAUAUAAUUCAGUCCACCAUUGAGAUUGGGCUUAGUGUAACUCUCUGGCCCUGUUGACCAUUGAAAGGGUAAGUGUAAUAAUACAAGAUCUUUGUUUGGGCACAGAGUCCCCUGUUUACUGAGCAUUUCUAAGUUUGCAGAGUAAAGAACAUACUAUCAAGUGGGGCAGAAUUUCUUUUUGAAAAAAAAAAAAAGUGAUAAUUUCUGUUGAAAAAUAAUUUCCAAGUAGACCAGAUUCUUAGUGUUUGCUGCUCAGAACGUUCUCUCCUUACCAUCAAUCUAUAUCAGAAACCAAAUUAUCAUCAGAAGAUUAUUUAUUUAGUGCCCAGGGAAUCGGGGCAAGCUGACUUAGCUAGAUGUUGGUGCAGUCAAAGGAGAACCUGGUGCAUCCAUGUCUGCUCUGGGGAUUGACUUGUUGCUGAAAUCAAAUACUUGUAUUCAAUAGUUAGAGCAUUUUUCUCCCUGGACACAAAUAAAAAGUUUGUCUGUUUGGCUACCCCCUUGACAGAGGCAGAAUAUCUGUGCAUGGCAGUUUUAUGACUAUAAAGAUGUAUUAUCAAUUAGCUUUCAUACGGAGUUUGAGAGAUAUAUACUUUUACAGCAGGAGGAAACUAGUAUUUGCAGUGCAUUCUUCCCUACAUGUUGAUUAGUCUCUCCCUUUUCUGGAUUAUUUUUGUUGUUGAUGUGUUGAUGAGUAAUGAAAUUUGUUAUUAAAUUUUUCUGAAACCCAAGCAAAAUGAAUUGUCACCUCUUUAAAUUCUUUUUUUCCAUUUCCAUUUCAGUCUUCUGUUCACUGAAAUGUGAUUUAACUGUGUUCACACUAAUAUUUGUGGCUUUCUUUUGAUAAGCUGUAAUGACAAUCCAGACAUAAUGACAUGGAUUCAUAAAACAAAAUUUUUAGUUUUUACUUUCUUUUAUCAUUUAAAAUGAGUUAAAUGGAUUCUCUUUUUGAUACUAGAAAAACGGAAUUUAGGCAAGAACAUACAAAAGCAACAACAUUUAAAAUAUUUUAUAAAUCAGAAAUCCAUUCAAACUGACUUGGACAGUGAUUCCUUAUAAUUAGUUACUAUUUAACAUCAUCAAUCUUUGCGUCUUGUUAAGCUGGUCCUUGUAAUCUACAGAUGAAAAUUGGAAGUAUUAAAUCGCACCAUGUAACCUAUGAAAAUUCAAUAAAUUCUGGUUGAUCUUCUUCCAAGAUAAAGGUUAAAUCUUUAUGUUAUGAAUGUCACAACUUGUGAAUGUCUAUAAAUGUAUAUUACACAUACAUGAUUAUGUUUGUUUAGGUGGAUAUGGUUAUAAUCGGGGAAGAAUUAAGAUAUCAGUAACACCCUGGAAUUGCUUUUCAACUAUUUUUAAAUUGCCGAUAGAUGUCACAGAUGUAUUUGUUCAAUGUUGAAAGGGGAAAAAUUAGUGUCUGGGGAAGAAGGCCAUAGUAUAGGCUGUGCAUUGGCAGGCAACAUUAUGCUUCCAGCUGGGCAUUUGACUAUGAAUUCAGUUUUAAUCUUCUUUACUGUGUUUUCUUAAACCACAGAAAUGACUCAUGCCUAUUAAAAAUUAAAACAGAUAAACAUAUAAAGCAAAAUACAAAACUGCCCCCCUUCUCACCCAUGUUUACAGUUACCUACUAUUACCAGUCUAAUGUGUUCUGUGCAUAUACAAACAUAAAUGAUAUACGUAUUCACAUUUUUAUCAGAAAAUGAAUUCAGUCCAUUGUUCUGCUUUGCAACUUUUGUUUCACUUACAAUAUAUCACGUGUAUCUUUCCAGUGCACCUCUUUCCUCAUUUAACUUUGUUCAUGCUGUCUUUCUCUGUAGAUGAUCUACACUUUUAGCUAGUCAUAUCACUCAGCCUUUCCCUUUAGGGCUUCUAGGUUUGGGCUCAUGCUGAGGCAGACUUUUCCCACCCCGGGGUUUUAAAAUAAUUUUUGAUAUUUUCUUCAAGCUUUUAAAAAUGGAUGUGUGUGUGUGUGUGUGUGUGUUUAAUCUUUCUGGUAUAUACUUUUGUGAAUGGUAUGACGUGGAAAAGUAAUUUUACUUCUUUUUCCCAGCCCCAGACAUUGAAUAUACCAUACUUUACUCCACUUUUUGGCAGAACUUUUCAUACGUUAUUAGUCAUAGGUUAUUUACAAAAUGUUAUUCUUCUCGUAAAUGGAAACAUUAUUGCUCUUUGCUAUCUUUGAGGUAUGGUACGCUGAGGACUGUUGGUGAAGUCUUCUAUCACAGAACCAUCUUUAUCAAAGAUGAAAUUAAUAGUAUUGGGUUGCGAUAUUAGUAAUUCAUUGUGCUAUGAGUCUAUUAUGAAGACAUUUAAAACACCAGAAGAAUAAAUACAAUACACUUUGGGCUAUGAGAAUGCCACAAUUUUUAAAAGCAAUCUAGCAGAUGACGUCGUGAGUAUGACAACACUUCACUCAAAACAAUCUUAACAUUGUUCCGGGACACAUGACAGUGAAUGAACUAAUCAGUGUAUUUGAGAAUUUGAAAAUCUGCUAGCUAAUUCAAUCUCCCAAGCAGGAGAGUUAUUAUAUAUUGUUAUAUGUGCCUUGGAACCAAAGAUAAGACACUGGUCUUUUUGAAACAUGGAAUGAACUGUUAGAUCUAGAGCGCUUGAACACUAUGAAUUAAGACAUUUCAGUGGACACUAACAAGAUAAAGUGAUAUUCUUAUUAAAAAAACCCGAAGAGAUAGAGAUUUAAACUUACAAAACACACUUGAGUACAAAAUAAGAAAUGAUAUAAUAAAAAAUGAAAUAAGUAUCAGUGAGACAUUGACAUUGAGACAAUAUUAGGUCACAGUCCAGCUUUUUCUUGCCCAACUUCUGGGUUCUAUUUGUUUAUAUAUUUUAUAAUUUGUUAGUAUUUUGAUUUUACAUUUAUUGUUAGUAUUUGUUUGUAAUUCUCUUUUAUGUACUAUCUUUAACAGGUUUUGGUUUUAGGGUUGCUAGCUUUAUAAAAUUCAUUAGUGAACUUUCAAUUUUUUUAUUCUUUUCUAAAAGGUAGAGCUUGAAUAACAUGGGUAUUAUCUCUUCUUUAAAGGUUAGAUAGAACUGAACUGUGAAAUCAUUUGAUCCUGAUUCCUUGUUUAGUAGUAGGUCUAUAAACACAUUUCCAAUCCUAUCUCUAGUAAUUUGUCUACUCAAAUCCUCUAUUUCUUGAGUUAAUGUUGGUGACUUCUAUUAGGAAAUCAUCCAUUACCUCUAGAGUUUUUAAUUUGAUGUCAUAGAUUUGAACAUAAAAUUAUAAUUCUUUCAAUCACAUCUAUUUAUGUAGUUAAACCCUUUAUAAUUCACAAUUUGUAUACUUUUGCUUUCCCUCUGUUUUCACUUAGUUGUACUCAUGAAGAGUGUUUUAUUGGUUUUUUCAAAGAACCAGCUUUGAAUUUAUCACUUUUACAAUUGUUUGUCUUGGUCAUUAUUUUUAUCUUUAAUUUUCCUAAUUUCUUCUAUUUUUGGAUAUGUUCUGUUGUAUUUAUCUAAUUCUUCAAGAAGAGUACUUAUUUCCUUUAUUUAUGGUCUUCUUGAACAAUAAUGGUAGUUAAGACCUUAUUUUUCUCUGAGAACAGCUUUUGUCAUGCCCCAUAGGCUUUGAUAUGAUGUAUUCUCUUUUUCUUUUCUUUUCAGAUAGCUUGCAACUUUAGUUUUAAUUUUCUCUUUGACCCAGUGGUUAUUUUAGAGAACAAUACUAUAUUAUCAGGCAGUUAAAUUUUAUGGUGAUCUUUUAUUAUUUAUUUCUAAUUUUGUUAAGAUAAGAGGGUGUGCCUAUAAAUUUUCUAAUUUUUAAAAAUAUAUUUCCUUCUUCAUUUACUCUGAGUUUUUAAAUUUGAAAAUUGUGUUUUUCUGGGCGCCUGGGUGGCUCAGUUGGUUAAGCGACUGCCUCCGGCUCAGGUCAUGAUCCUGGAGUCCCUGGAUCGAGAUCCCUGCUCGGCAGGGAGUCUGCUUCUCCCUCUGACCCUCCUCCCUCUCAUGCUCUCUGUCUCUCAUUCUCUCUCUCAAAAUAAAUAAAUACAAAAAAUCUUUAAAAAAAAUUUUGAAAAUUGUGUUUUUCAAUCCCCAAAAUUAUUUUUCUUGCUUUAAUUAUAGUCCUUUCAGUGCUAUCAUUAUUUAUUUUGCUAAAGAUUAUACCUGACUCCUUCAAUAGUUCUAUUUCGGUGGGAGAUAAUAUAAAUUUUUUGGUGCACAGACAAUGGAUAUGAAUAGUCACUUAUGGAAGUGAUACAAGGGAUUGGGGAAAUACAGAGAAUGAAAAACUCCAAGGAAGGUGUUCUGGGAGCUAUCCCUUGGAGGCAGGACUGGGCUUUGACUGAAAUUUGAUCGAAAUCAAUUUUAUGAUUCUGUGUCUAUUCUUCACCAUAUCCACAUUUUCUUCAAACACUGCUUCUUAGACAUACCUAGUGAUGCCUAUCUAAUACUACAUUAACAAUUUUUCAGAAAGUGUCUUGAGAUUGUUACCCAUAAUUUAUCUGUUCUCUUACUCUGUCUCCCCAACCGCUUGCAGAUCUGUAAUGUAUCAAAUUAGCAGUGUUUCAACUAUUGUGUGUUGAUUACUUCAGUUGUAGUGCUCAGAAUUUAGUGUCUAGGUGAAAGCACAGUGCAAGCAAGUAAGUUGUGUAGAGACCAUGGCUUGACCAAUAGCUGGUACCAUUUCCCAAUGUGUUCACCCUGCUUAUAUCUCCAAGGGAAACCUCUAAAGAGUGAGAAAGAAGAAAACAUACAAUUAUUUACUAAGGGAUGGGGUGACAGACAUUGAAAACUAUUGAACAUUUCUGAGUACUUUCUCACUGGAAUCCUGGAAAGAGAGUGCCAUUUCCUCCUUCCCUUGAAGAUGGUUUCUUAUUUGUUCUCAAAGUAGAGAUUUAAUAUUGCACUGGGGAUUAUACAUAUAUACAUAUUGACAUGUAUGCAUAAAUGGUAGAAUAUUAUAUUUUAGAUAUAUAUGUAUGGUCUUGUUUUUCUCUUCCACAGUAUUUCUUACUUUUCCCAUUUUCCUCAUUCCUUUCUUCAGGAAAGAUUUAUGGAAGGGAUUUGGUAGCCCAAACAUAUGAAAAUAUCAUACUAGGUUUGGUUGGUGCUCUGCACUAAGAUGUAUCUGGUUACAGUUUUAUUUCUAUUCAGCGUGCUGAAGACUCAGUGUGUUCAAUAUGAGUAUUCAUGUCUUCCUUCAGUUGCGCCACAAUCUCCUCAAGUAUUUGCCUUUUCCUCAUUCGCUCUAGUCUCUCUUUAUGGAAAAGCUUCCAGGCAUAUUUUAAUAUUUUCCAUUCUUUCUGCCAUGUAGUCUAACUUCUCAUUCAUACUUUGCACCACUUCAUCUUUUUGGGCUCCAUUCUCGGUAAUUUUUUGAGAUUUAUGUUUGAAUGUCUCAAUUAUCUCCUUGCUUUUGAGUUUACUUCUGCUAGGGCCAUACACAUUUCACCAGUUCCAGAUUACUUUUAUGUUAAUUUAUAUCCUUUGGGUUAUCAAACAUGUAGGAAGUGUGACUUCAACCCCACACCUAUGGGUGGAGUUGGCCUGGGUUCUGAUUGCUCCCAGGGGACUCUUUAUUCACAUCCUCACAUAAAAGAUAAGCAAAAAAGUAUUUUUGCUUUGAGGAAAGGUUUUCUAGUCAUCAUUUCAUGUCCUGAUUGUGCUUCUGUGGGGCCUGGGUUUAGACAGGAGCUAAGUACCACCUUCCCAUCUUCCACUGCCUAGAAGCAUUGCCUUCAGUCACUAGGUGGGAUUAAAACCCUGGCCUCCAGCCCUUAAAACCAAUAUCCGUCUGUUUGUCUUUAUCUCAUGCUCAUUGUUGUUAGUUCCUUCUUUGAUUCUUGGGGAUUUCCAUUUCAUGAUUAUGAGCUUGACUAUAUUACUACUUUUAGAGGGGGUGCAUAUUCUAUCAUUUCUGUGAGAGUUUCAGGUGGGAAGAGGAAAGCUUUCCAAGUCAGUUCAGUCUGCCACUGACUGGAAGCUCCUCAGAAGUUUUGUUGGAUUGGAUUGUGUAGGUGACUUAUGGUCAUGUUUCUUAAGAGACAUUUGGGGGUGGGGGAUGGCUGCUUUAUAUUACUUCUAGCCAGGAUAGUAUAGGGUCUUACCAAGCUUUCUAUAUCCCAGCAUAGCAAUGGCAGGAAGCAGCAGAGAAAGUCUUGAUCAAUGAAGGAUGACACAGAAGCACGUAGAGAACCACCAUGUCUGAAGGGGCCACAAAGAAGGAAUGAGAAUGGUGAAUUUUGUAGAUGAUACCAGAACCAUAUGGACUCCUUCCUUCCAACACUCUAAGGCACUCAAUAAGCAUCCUUGAACUUAGACACAACCAUGGAGAAAAUAGUAGAUCUUGAACUCAUACCAUUUCGGUCACCCCCAUGUAGUGAGACUACAAAAUGGAAAUUAUGAGUAUUGUUAUAGAAAAUAAAAGUUGGAUGUCUUAAACACUUGAAUUUGUGGACUGAGAUUUAUUCCAAUUACAUAAAAAUAUAUACACGUAUAUGUACAUACAGAUUUGUGUAUGGAUAGUAAAACAGCUGGAAGGAUGUGCCACAGUGCAUUAGCUAUGGCAUUCUGUAGCAGUGAGAUUACAAGAUAUUUAUAUUGUCUUUUUUGCCUAGUUAACUAUAUUCCUUAUUUCAGCUCAAAUUUCAUUUCCUUAGGGAAUUUUUCCUGUCCCUUAUCUACUGCCUCAGAGUGUGUCUUGAUCUUCUGGUAUAUACUCUUGUAUGUCUGUGUUCUAGUCCUUCUCUGUACUUACAUGAAAUUUUAAUUAUACAUACACUUGUGUGAUUUCUUGGUUAAUGUAUAUCCUCCCCUAGUCUGUGAGCUUCAUGAGUGCAAAGACCUAGUCUGUUUUUCUCACCAUUGUAUUCUCAUUAACUUGCAUAGGCACUCAAUAAAGACUUAUUAAAUGAA